AUGAUUGAAGACAAUAAGGAAAACAAAGACCAUUCUUCAGAGAAAGGAAGAGCAACUCUCAUUUUUUCCUUAAAGAAUGAAAUUGGAGGACUUAUACAAGCACUGAAAAUCUUCCAGGAGAAGCGUGUGAACCUGUUGCACAUCGAGUCCCGAAAAUCCAAGAGAAGAAACUCGGAAUUUGAGAUUUUUGUUGACUGUGAUAUCAACAGAGAACAAUUGAGUGAUAUUUUUCAUCUGUUGAAGUCUAAUACUAAUGUUCUCUGUGUGAAUCCACCUGAUAAUUUUGCCAUGAAGGAGGAUGGUAUAGAAAUGGUUCCUUGGUUUCCAAAGAAGAUUUCUGACCUGGACCACUGUGCCAACAGAGUUCUGAUGUAUGGAUCUGAACUGGAUGCAGACCAUCCUGGCUUCAAAGACCAUGUCUACCGUAAAAGGCGGAAGUAUUUUGCAGACUUGGCUAUGAACUAUAAACAUGGCAACCCCAUUCCUAGAGUUGAAUUCACUGAGGAGGAGAUUAAGACCUGGGGAACUGUGUUCCGAGAGCUCAACAAGCUUUACCCAACCCACGCCUGCAGAGAGUAUCUCCAAAAUUUACCUUUGCUUUCUAAGUAUUGUGGAUAUCGGGAAGAUAAUAUCCCACAGUUGGAAGAUGUUUCAAACUUUUUAAAAGAGCGCACAGGUUUUUCCAUCCGUCCUGUGGCUGGUUAUUUAUCAUCAAGGGAUUUCUUAUCAGGUUUAGCCUUUCGAGUUUUCCACUGCACACAGUAUGUGAGACACAGUUCAGAUCCUCUGUAUACCCCAGAGCCAGAUACCUGCCAUGAACUUUUAGGUCAUGUCCCCCUCUUGGCUGAACCUAGUUUUGCACAAUUCUCCCAAGAAAUUGGCCUGGCAUCCCUUGGAGCUUCAGAGGAGGCUGUUCAAAAACUGGCAACGUGCUACUUUUUCACUGUGGAGUUUGGUCUGUGUAAACAAGAUGGGCAGCUAAGAGUUUUUGGUGCUGGCUUACUGUCUUCUAUCAGUGAACUCAAACAUGCACUUUCUGGACAUGCCAAAGUGAAGCCCUUUGACCCCAAGAUUACCUGUCAACAGGAAUGUCUCAUCACAACUUUUCAGGAUGUCUACUUCGUAUCUGAAAGCUUUGAAGAUGCAAAGGAGAAGAUGAGAGAAUUUACUGAAACAAUUAAGCGCCCAUUUGGAGUGAAGUAUAAUCCGUAUACACAAAGUAUUCAGAUCUUGAAAGACACCAAGAGCCUAACCAGCGUCAUGAAUGAGCUGCAGCAUGAUCUCGGUGUUGUCAGUGACGCCCUAGCUAAGGUCAGCCGGCCGCCGAGCAUCUGACAGUUGCCUGUCCUAAUCCUGAGGGCCCAUCUGAGCAUCAGUUCACAAGCCUGGGGGCCAACUCGUGCUUUUCUUAAAGACUUGGUCAUGGAGGGAUAGCAGCCAAACAAUAUUUUCUACUCCCAUUCCUUAAUGGCCCAUUAGUCUUUGAAAAUUUGUGCCUGGAUAUGCUAGCCACCACCUGUUUUUGUUUUUGGUGACAGUUUUAGUGAAAUAUUAUUCACAUAUCAUACAAUCCAUGAAUACCUGUUGUUGUUUUUAUAGAGAAGUUGUUUGACCCAAUAGAUAUAUCUAGUCCCAGCCUUCUAUUUUUCCCAAUCCUUCUUGAGUAAAAUGACUCUCAUGAGCAUUUAAAAUACCUUCAUAGGAUUGUCAACAAUAAAAAACAAUACCUUUAUAGGUAUUAUGGAGCUGGUCCAUGUAGUUACCUAAAUCCUCUCAUUUCUAAGCUAUCUUAUGUAUCACUGAAUUUGUGCCAAGCUCAAUCACAUUCAAACCCCUGAUUUUAAUAGGAGACCAGCUGCUAGCAUGCACAACAGUUUAGAGGGCUUUGCACAUGAAGCAUACCCAAUAAAGAGCAAGCUGUCUAGCUUCAAGGGUACAUUCUUAUAGGGAUAGGAGUAGCUAAGUCUGGAAAGGUCAACUGGGGUAUAAUCUUAAGACCAGACUAAGAAUUUGGGGCAUUUAUUUUGUAGGCACUAGGGAGCCCCUUCCCAAAUGACAAUUCUCUUUAAAACUUUCUUUUCAAUGGCAUUGCAUGACACUGGUUUUAUUUUAGAUGAUCUGUCCUACUCAUGGGGCCAAGGGAACUUGGUGGGGGUGCUACUUGCAAGGCCCGUACUCAGACAUGUAGCCCCAGUAUGGUGAUGGAUUGUCCUUGGGUUAGCAGAAGACAGAGUUGGGAAAGGUAAUUCAUAUUUUUACAUUGCUUAUAAAUUUUAAUAGCUGCUAUUAAAUAUAUUUUUGAUAUUAAAUUGAUCUAGGCUAAUCUAAAAUCAUUUAAAAUAUUCAUUAGCUAGUUUAUAGUUAGUUGUUUCAUUGCAAGGACAUCUAUUAUAAGCAAACCAUGAUAGAGGGCAAAUAACAGCAAACUAUGCAUAGUGUAUCUAUUUUUUAAAGUGUUUUUAUUGAUUUAGGGAAAGAGGAAGAGAGAGGGAGAGAAACAUUGAUGUGAGAGAGAAACUUCAAUCAGCUUCCUGCACACUCCUUAUUGGGGUUCAAGCCCACAACCUGGGCAUGUUCCCAGACUGGGAAUAGAACCGGUGACCUGUUGGUACAUGGAACUAUGCUCAACCAACCUGCGGGGGCUGUAUCUGGUUAUUUUCAUACCACUUUGAUUAUGGUGAAGAAUCAUAGUUAUUGAAUUGUAAAAUGAUAGUAUUUAAAAUCACUCUACGACUAAAGCACACAAAUAAAUAUUUAAAGGCACAACCAUUAUAAUUCACAACUUCAUAAUAAUGGAAAUAUUUAAGGAUAGAUUUCAAUUCUUCUAACCUCUGGAUUUGUGAUAUUUGGUAAAUCAGGAAUCCUGAGGGUCUUAGAGUUUUCAUGCACUUAAAUAUAUAUCUUGAAAGCAUCUAGGAAGAGAAUUGAACCAAAAGUUUUGUUCAUGAUUCUUUUGUUUCCUCUGCCCUGUUGCUCUUGCUUGAAGGGCCGCCGGUGGGGAGCAGUUGGCCCCAGUUAUGCGCAAGCAAGUGCUCUGGCGCUGAAGCCUGAACCCGGCGCCAUGCGCAGGCGCAAUGGUGGGUCAUGAUUCUUAAGCAGUGGGUUGUUACUCAGACAUUAUGAUAUGCAUUUUCCUGACUUUUUGAAGAAAGCUCCAAAAGCUGGUCCUUAGAAUGCCUACAUUUCUUGAUCUGCCUACGCUGUCAUUUGGAAUUGUACAGUAGUAAUGCUCCACCAAAAUAUACAGAAUUAGAGUUAACUUUUAAUUUGGCUUCCAAAUGGAAAAAAGAAAAAAUCCUGGAACUUUUUAAAGACAUAUAAUAGAGUGCAUAUAUUUAAU